ACGGCUCUGAGUAGGCGGGGCCGCGCCUAUUGUGAGGUUUGAGGUGAGAAGAGGCGGAGCUAUAAACUUUUCGUGGAAACGGUCGCGGCCAUUUGGAGCCCGGCGCGGCGAAGGAAGCCAAGCUGGUUGGGGCGGGUGCCGAGCGAUCUGGCCCGGCCUGUCUUGGGGCGGCGGCAGGACAAAAGGAACAGCCACGACGACGACAACAGCAAUCAUGGUGUCUUGUAUCAUCUCCCGCGUUGUUGUGUUGGUCUUCGGUAUGCUGUAUCCUGCUUAUUAUUCAUACAAAGCGGUAAAGACAAAAAAUGUGAAGGAAUAUGUACGGUGGAUGAUGUACUGGAUUGUCUUUGCGCUUUACACAGUUACUGAAACAAUAGCAGACCUAAUGAUCUCUUGGUUUCCACUGUACUAUGAACUGAAAAUUGCUUUUGUUAUUUGGCUUCUCUCUCCAUAUACUAGAGGGGCAAGUCUAAUCUAUAGGAAAUUUCUUCAUCCUCUUCUUUCUUCAAAAGAGAAGGAGAUUGAUGAAUAUAUUGUGCAAGCUAAAGAACGAGGCUAUGAAACAAUGGUUAACUUUGGAAAACAAGGUUUAAAUUUAGCAGCUACUGCUGCAGUCACUGCAGCAGUAAAGAGUCAAGGAGCAAUAACUGAGAGAUUGCGAAGUUUCAGUAUGCAUGACUUAACAGCUAUUCAAGGUGAUGAACCAGUGGGACAAAGACACUAUCAAACCUUACCGGAGACCAGAAAGAGAGGGAAAAGCGCCACUAAUGAAUCUUUAGGUUUUGGUAUUCCAGUAAAAAAGGAUUCGGAAGAUGAUAAAACGGAUGAGGAAAGAGAAGGGACAUAUUCCGAAGAUGAAAUGUUUGCUCAGAGAGGUCUUAAGCGAACACAAAGUAUGAAAUCAGUAAAAACUAUCAAAGGCCGCAAAGAGGUGCGGUAUGGCUCAUUAAAAUAUAAAGUGAAGAGAAGACCACAAGUGUACUUCUAAACUACCUUGACAAUUCAGCUCCAAUCAAACCGCUGCGUUUGUUGCUUCUGCAAUGGGUACCUGGUCCUGAGUGCAGGGCUUUCCCAUUCUCUGAAGAGGAAACAUUCACAUCUGUUUGGAUUCCCCUUUGCUAGUGCAAAGCUUUACCAGGCUCAUUAAAGAGAAGAAGGAAGAUCUUGCAUGAGCGGAGCUCUCCAUGCCUGUCUCAAUAACUGGCCAUUGUGUUCAGGAACUUCAUGUACCAGAUACAAUGAUAGGGAUUUGUCGCUUUACAGAGAUGAGCAAGAUAACUUCCGUUUCUAAUUUUCUUAAAACUGACAGCUAAAUACGAAUAUUUUAGACUUUUGUAUUGUGUAAACAAUGAAAUUAUUUCAUGACUGACUCAAAGAGGUUCUUAGUUGUGGCUGUUGUUGGUCGUACCACAUUCGGUGAGCAUUUAAGUGGUUGGUAAGUGUCUAUUGCUUAAUUCAAAUUGCACAGCUCCAGCAUUUCCUUUAAUGUACACAGGAAAUUUAUACUUGAAUGAAUUUUAAUUCUGGGUUCCCAGAAAGUUUAGUAUCUAAUUUUAGAGAAAGAAAUGAGAGGAAGGGAUCUUUUUGCAGCUGAUCUUCAUCUGCUUUUUAAACUCUGUGAUCAAAACCCAAGGUAUGUCUUAAAAGGGUUUCUACCAAUUUCUUAUUUUUUAAAAACAGCUAAGCCCCUGCACUGCAUCACCUGUGUUGGAAUUUCCCUUAUUGUCCUGUGAUGUGGGAAGCAAGAUAGUUCCGGUUCAGGGCAGGGUUCAUCAUACAAUUAUGGCUGAUGUCAUCCUAUGAGAAUAAUAAUGUGUGUGAAAGGAUGCAAACUGGCUCAGGUGCCUUUUUGUUUUGCUUCAAGUCUUAUUUCACUGUAGCAUUAUCUGUACAGGAAUUCACCAAAAACUUUCAAACCUGUCUAUUAAAUACUUAAAGUCAGACAACAUUUGGAUCACUAGACACGUCAGUUACAACAAAUAAGAGAAUAUUCAUGUCAUAGAGUUGUUUAUUUUCCCUGUGGUUUAGAGUUCCUGGAUUUUUAUUGUUGGUUUUUAAAACUUUUGUGUAUUUUUGUUUGUAUAUCUUUGCUAAAGGCUUUCUGUUGGGAGCAGCACUCCGGAAAGGAAGCCAUGUUAGGAGUACAGAGUAGCUAGAUAGAUGUAUGUAUCCAUGUAAAUCCAGCGUACUCUGAAGCGUGUAUGUUAACAUGAUGCAUUUCUGUGAUGUCCUUUUGGUGUGAUUUCAAGGUGGCACUUGGUAUAUUUUAAAAUCCUGAUUAAAUAUUAGCUCACAAGAAUGCUACUGCUUAACCUGCUAGAUUCCUUAAGAGUUACCUGUGUUUUCUGGUCAGGGGAGCAUCUCCCAUUUUGUUGGUAUAACUAGGAGCUUUAGUAUUGCCACCUCUGGAUGUAAGAAUCAUUGGCAUGCCCUGCAUCUUUUGAUGGCAUUUAGAAAUCAUGUAAUGAGACUUGCAUUUUAAAACCACAUAGCUGUGGGCGCUGGAACAUUUUAAAAUGGAACACUUUAAAAAAAAAAAAAGCUGCUGUUUUUUGUA